AUGGCCGUCCGGCCCGGCCUGUGGCCAGCGCUCCUGGGCAUAGUCCUCGCCGCCUGGCUCCACGGCACGGGUGCCCAACAGAGUGCCACGGUGGCCAACCCAGUACCCGGCGCCAACCCAGACCUGCUUCCUCACUUCCUGGUGGAGCCCGAGGAUGUAUACAUCGUCAAGAACAAGCCGGUGCUGCUGGUGUGCAAGGCCAUGCCUGCCACGCAGAUCUUCUUCAAGUGCAACGGGGAGUGGGUACGCCAGGUGGACCAUGUGAUAGAGCGCAGCACGGACGACAGCAGCGGGCUGCCCGCCAUGGAGGUCCGCAUCAAUGUCUCGAGGCAGCAGGUGGAAAAGGUGUUUGGGCUGGAGGAGUACUGGUGCCAGUGUGUGGCGUGGAGCUCCUCGGGCACCACCAAGAGUCAGAAGGCCUACAUCCGCAUUGCCUAUUUGCGCAAGAACUUCGAGCAGGAGCCGCUGGCCAAGGAGGUGUCCCUGGAGCAGGGCAUCGUGCUACCCUGCCGCCCACCAGAGGGCAUCCCCCCGGCUGAGGUGGAGUGGCUCCGGAACGAGGACCUGGUGGACCCGUCCCUGGACCCCAAUGUGUACAUCACAAGGGAGCACAGCCUGGUGGUGCGACAGGCCCGCCUGGCCGACACGGCCAACUACACCUGCGUGGCCAAGAACAUCGUAGCGCGUCGCCGCAGCGCCUCGGCUGCUGUCAUCGUCUACGUCGAUGGCAGCUGGAGCCCGUGGAGCAAGUGGUCGGCUUGUGGGCUCGACUGCACCCACUGGCGGAGUCGUGAGUGUUCUGACCCAGCUCCCCGCAAUGGAGGCGAGGAGUGCCGGGGCACUGACCUGGACACCCGAAAUUGUACCAGCGACCUCUGCGUGCACACUGCUUCCGGGCCCGAGGACGUGGCCCUCUACGUGGGCCUAAUUGCUGUGGCUGUGUGCCUCCUCCUGCUGCUGCUCGUCCUCAUCCUUGUUUAUUGCCGCAAGAAGGAAGGGCUAGACUCAGAUGUGGCUGACUCGUCCAUACUCACCUCAGGCUUCCAGCCUGUCAGCAUCAAGCCCAGCAAAGCAGACAAUCCCCACCUGCUCACCAUCCAGCCAGACCUCAGCACCACCACCACCACCUGCCAGGGCAGUCUGUGUCCCCGGCAGGACGGGCCAAGCCCCAAGUUCCAGCUCGCCAAUGGGCACCUGCUCAGCCCGCUGGGUGGUGGGCGCCACACGCUGCACCACAGCUCACCCACCUCUGAGGCCGAGGACUUCGUCUCCCGCCUCUCUACCCAGAACUACUUCCGCUCCCUGCCCCGCGGCACCAGCAACAUGACCUACGGGACCUUCAACUUCCUCGGGGGACGGCUGAUGAUCCCUAAUACAGGGAUCAGCCUCCUCAUCCCCCCAGAUGCCAUACCCCGAGGAAAGAUCUACGAGAUCUACCUCACGCUGCACAAGCCGGAGGACGUGAGGUUGCCCCUAGCUGGCUGCCAGACCCUGCUGAGUCCCAUCGUUAGCUGCGGGCCCCCUGGAGUCCUGCUCACCCGGCCCGUCAUCCUCGCCAUGGACCACUGUGGGGAGCCCUGCCCGGAGAGCUGGAGCCUGCGCCUCAAAAAGCAGUCCUGUGAGGGCAGCUGGGAGGAUGUGCUGCACCUGGGUGAGGAGGCACCCUCCCAUCUCUACUACUGCCAGCUGGAGGCCGGCGCCUGCUAUGUCUUCACCGAGCAGCUGGGCCGCUUUGCCCUGGUGGGAGAGGCCCUCAGCGUGGCCGCGACCAAGCGCCUCAAGCUGCUCCUGUUUGCCCCCGUGGCCUGCACCUCCCUUGAAUACAACAUCCGAGUCUACUGCCUACAUGAUACCCACGACGCACUCAAGGAGGUGGUACAGCUGGAGAAGCAGCUGGGAGGACAGCUGAUCCAGGAACCUCGAGUCCUUCACUUCAAGGACAGUUACCACAACCUACGCUUGUCCAUCCACGAUGUGCCCAGCUCCCUGUGGAAGAGCAAGCUCCUCGUCAGCUACCAGGAGAUCCCCUUCUAUCACAUCUGGAAUGGCACGCAGCAGUACCUGCACUGCACCUUCACCUUGGAGCGCGUCAGCCCCAGCACCAGUGAUCUGGCCUGCAAGGUGUGGGUGUGGCAGGUGGAAGGCGAUGGGCAGAGCUUCAAUAUCAACUUCAACAUCACCAAGGACACGAGAUUUGCUGAGCUGCUGGCUCUGGAGAGUGAAGGGGGGGUCCCAGCCCUAGUGGGCCCCAGUGCCUUCAAGAUCCCCUUCCUCAUUCGGCAGAAGAUCAUUACCAGCCUUGACCCACCCUGUAGCCGUGGUGCCGACUGGCGGACUCUGGCGCAGAAACUCCACCUGGACAGCCAUCUCAGCUUCUUUGCCUCCAAGCCCAGCCCCACAGCCAUGAUCCUCAACCUGUGGGAGGCGCGGCACUUCCCCAACGGCAACCUCAGCCAGCUGGCUGCAGCAGUAGCCGGACUGGGCCAGCCAGACGCUGGCCUCUUCACGGUGUCAGAGGCGGAGUGCUGAGGCCAGCCAGGCCUACAACGCCUACACUCUCACCAGCUUUGGCACCCACCAGGGACGGACAGAUGCCAGACGGGGCCCUUCCCCCAUGCUCAGGGGGAGCUGUGUGGACAGGCCCCCUCCUGGCAGACACUGUCCCUUAACACUGGCCCUUCAGACCCUGCCUACACUUCUGCCCCUCCAAGGCCUGCCUGGCCAGGCUGGCACUGCCACCUGCUCUGACCAUGCCCUGGCCUCUGGGGCCCACCCAGGGUGGACAGUGCCUAGGGCCCAAGCCAGGCCCAGCCCAUCUGUGUGUGUGUAUGUGCGUGUGAUGCUACCUCUCCUCCUGCCCCUGGCCAGGAGGCCGCAUACACACGGGCAUGCGCGCACACGCUGGGCUCGGGACAUGGCCCCCAGAGCUCCUGCCUGAGCUGGACCUUAUGCAAACAUUUCUGUGCCUGCCAGGUAGGGGCACAUCUGAGGGGCCUGGCUUCAAGCCUGUUAGAUUGAGGGCCACAGCUGGACAAGGGGCGGCCCCUGGGUUCAGGCACACGACCACCGCACGGGCAUGUGCCCAUGCAUGUCUCGUGUUCUCAUCUCACAUACUCCCCCUCUCUCUCACACACACACACACACACACGCUCAUCUCAUGCUGUACACCUGGAGGCAACUCACGUCUCUCACACCCAGUAUCAGUCCACAUUUGCCUCUCACAUGCUGCCCUUCUCCCACCCACCCAGGGACACCCAAUGGCUCCUCCCUGAUCCUCCCCCUACCCCCAGCCUGGAGGAGCCCUGCCCAACAGGGCAUGUGAAUAUGCAAUGGGAGUCCCGGGCUGGACAAUGGCAAGUGUGCGUGCCGUGGCGUGCCCGCUCCUGGGGCUGGCCGGUUCCCCCAUGCGGGGUCUGUUGUGUGAAGCUCGUGCCCUGACUCUGUCUUAAGUGCAUUCGUGCACUUACACUUGGCCUUAUGUACACAGCCUUGCCCGGCCACCGGGGUGCGUAGGGAUUUUAGCGGACGUGAAUGUAAAUAAAUUA